UACCUUAUCAAUGCUCAAGUGGAGCUGGUACGCGACGUUUGCAGUGACAACAACGGCAGCAGCGGCGCCUGCAACAAACAACCCAACGGUAGCAGCACCCGCGGCGACAACACCGCCUCUUCAAGCAGUCCCAACAGCAACGACACCCAUACCCAGCAUACCGGAGGAGCCACCAGCAGCAGCACCACCACCAUAAGCACGAGCGAGGAUGAAACCAACAGUCCUUCCGCCACCAGUAACCGAAACCCAAACCAACCGCCAAUUACUGGGAGCAACAACAACGGCUGCAGCAACCUGCACGGUGGCACAGAGAUCGUCGUACGGCAGAAGUCAAACAAUCGCUUUCCUUCGCAGCCGAUGGUUGCUGAAACCACCGCACGUGUACGGCAAUGCGGCGGUUGUUUCGGUUGUUGCUGGGCACAUGGGGGAGUGCUGCUGCGUGUACGGACGAGCAAGGAGUCUUACGAAGCUGGGGAGACGGUUGAGGUCAUAAUGGAGAUUGAGAACCGCACCGACGUGCCCUUCCCGGAGGUGGUUUUGCUGCUGGAGCGAAACAUGCGGCUGGGAGGGGCGCUGCAGGCGGCGGUGGAGGCGGGUCAGGCAGCAGCGGAAGCAGCCGCCCAGGGAAGACCGGACGGCCAGUGGAAGGGCGGUGGUGACUGUGGUGACUGUGGUGGCGCUGGCGCCGGCACUGCUGGCGGCUGCAGCAGCGGCUGCUGCUGCAGCUGUGAGCAGUGGGAGCGCAUCUGCAAGCUCAAACACCCCGGCCUGGUCCCCGGCUCCAGCUACCAAGGCGACAACGCGCAGCUGCUGCGGCUGCUGCUGCCGCCCGGCCUGCCGCCCUCCAGUCACCCGGACCCGGAAGCAACAACAACCACAACACCCGCCUGUUGCCAACUCGCACAACAGGCGCGAAACGGCUGCAGCAGCGGCAGCAGCCCACAUGACGGCCUCAGCCCCAUGCAGCCCCAGCAGC